AUGGCAAACGGGGAGUUUUUUUCGACAGGCAAUCACCCUGUGGAGAUGCUUUUGCCAAUGAUCCAUCUUGACGCUGCGGGUUUCGACAUUGAUAUUGCCACGCUUUCAGGUGACCCUGUUAAAUUGGAGAUGUGGGCUUUCCCAAAUGAGGACGAGUCGGUCAAAGCUAUCUACGAGAAAUACAAGGAAAAAAUUCGCAGCCCACUCAAUCUUCACAACGUAUGGGGCAACGGGUUUACCAACGACACUCCCUACCUUGCUGUAUUUAUUCCUGGUGGCCAUGGUGUGCUGAACGGUAUUCCUUUCUCGGAGACUGUUGGAAAUGUUCUUCGAUGGGCUCAUGAAAACAAACGCUAUUUCAUCACACUCUGCCACGGGCCAGCCAGCAUGCUCGCUGCCGAUGUUGGAAAGCCUGAGGGUAGCAAGUUUAUCUACGACGGCUACCAAAUUGACGUUUUCCCAGAUACGUUGGACGAUCAGGCAAAUGUCGAAAUUGGCUAUAUUCCGGGCAAGAUGGAAUGGUAUGUCGGCGAGCGGCUCCGCAAGCUUGGUAUCACGCCACUCAAUAGAGGCAUCGACGGCGCUGUUUAUCGCGAUAGACUUGUGCUGUCUGGUGAUUCUCCGUUGGCAUCGAAUAAUCUUGGAAAGUUGGCUGCCAAGACACUUCUUGAGGAGGUCGCUUAGCUCUUAUAGUCUUCUCCUCCAUAUCCUCCCCAACAAGGAGCAGGAGGGGAGUGCAUACAAGGGUGAAAAGAGAUUACUUAGGCAGAUACAUAGGCAAUAACAAUGACAGAUGAGAAUGCGAGU